UGUGUUUCCGGGUUGAGGCGGCGCCAUCUUGUGAUUGUGUUCGGGCCGGGCGGCGGUUUGUGUGUGUGUGUGUGUGUUGUUAUUAUUAUUCAAUAACGCCAACAUGAGUUACGGGAGGAUGCCGCCGGACAUCGAGGGGAUGACCUCGCUGAAAGUGGACAACCUGACGUACCGCACGUCGCCCGAGACGCUGAAGCGGGUGUUCGAGAAGUACGGCAAGGUGGGCGACGUCUACAUCCCCCGCGACCGCUUCACCCGCGAGAGCCGCGGCUUCGCCUUCGUCCGCUUCCACGACAAGAGGGACGCCGAGGAUGCCAUCGACGCCAUGGACGGCGCCGUGCUCGACGGCAGGGAGCUCCGCGUCCAGAUGGCCCGCUACGGUCGCCCCGCCGAGUCGCACCGCCGCGGUGGGUCGUCCCGUCGGCACGCCGGCGCCUACGGCCGGAGAAGCCGCAGUCCCAGAAGACGCCGUCGAUCGCAUACCAGAUCCAGAAGUAAAAGCCGAAGUAGGUCAAGAUCUCGUUACAGCAGGUCCCGAUCUCGUUCGUUUACCCGAUCUAGAUCCCGUUCCAAAUCUAGAUCCAUUGAAAGAUCGCGGUCCAAGUCAAAAUCAAGGUCAAGAUCGAGGUCCAGGUCACGAUCUAGAAGUAUAUCUCGGAUGUCUCAUGGGUCAAAGUCUAAAUCCAGAUCCAAGACACCAAUUAAUUCAACAUCUCCACAGAAAGAUGGAAUUGAAUCACCGUGAAGUGGUAAAUGGCACCAAAAUAUUCUGAGUGGCUGGAAGAUUUACAUGAUAGAUGCCUUGCAAGAAAUACCAUCUCUUGCCAUCUGUUUAGGUGAUGGAGAGACACCCUAAAAUAAGCAGUUAUCAGCUUAAAAGGUUAUUAUAACAUCAUUGUUUAUAAUGGGUUUUGUCAGUUUUAAGUUAUGAAUUAAAAUUUGUGUCUAAGAAGGCUCAUUAUAUGUUAUGUGCCAUCUGUGUUGCUAUUACUUCUUACGAUUUAGUGAAAUGCUCGACCAGAUGCAUUUUGGUUGGAUACGUACAUAAGGUAAAAAAAAACAUGGAACUUAUUUCCAGGUUUUGUAAUGUUUCUGUACACUGAAGUAAUUACCUUUUUAAAUUUCAACUUGCAUAUGUCUUUUUUCCAAUUUUUAUUUCUGUCCAAUACUAAUCUUAUUGUCUCAUGUAUUUUUGUGCACUAGGCGCAGUUGUGUAGCAGUUCUGUAAAGCGGGUUAGCUGUAAGGUGGCGUGUUGCAGUGCAGUGCAGAGUGCUUGGCUGUGUCCUGUAUUCUCCUGAUUGCUCCUGUAAUGAUGCCUUGACGUGCAGAAAAUAUGGCUGUCCAGUAAAAUGCCUGUCAGCUGCACCUCCAGAGACGUGGCUGCGUGUAAAUUAUGGAGCAGGCAGUAAGCACCUUUAGCUACCUUGUUUUUUACUUGGUAAUUGGUUUAUACAUUUACAUAUUGAACAUAUUAUUUAGAAAGCUGUUAAUUUUGAACUUUAUUGUAAUUAACAGUUUGCUUCAGUACAAGAUUCUGUACUUGUAUUUCAGUAAUGUCAAUAAAGGUUUUUUUUCUUGGUGUUAA